AGAAAAUGGCAACAGUGGCUGUAAAUGUGCUAUUUUUACGUCGACAUAAUAGCAAUCUGGCUGAUAGUUUUAAUGUCGUUAGUUAGCUCGUAAAGAAUACUAAGAUACGUAUCAUUCAAACAGAUGUACAUAUUACUGGUCGUACGACUAACAGAUAUGUUUUAGGUCAGUACCUUGUGAAGGUGUCAUCAGCUGUCUCGUGAGUGACUCGCGUUCAAAGUAUUACAUACCGGGGGUAAUUACGCCUGUUGCUGUUCUGUCCGUGUCGCCGUAAUACUGUACGAUCAUGAAUUCAACGGCAUUUAUAAUGCCAGGGGAGAUAGUCCAUCUAAACGUUGGUGGGAGAAGAUUUUCAACUUCAAGACAGACCCUCACUUGGAUACCUGACUCAUUUUUUUCAAGUUUAAUGAGUGGUAGAAUAUCCUCUGUCAAGGAUGAGACUGGAGCAAUAUUUAUUGACAGAGACCCAACUUUGUUUGUUCCAAUACUCAACUAUCUAAGAACUAAAGAUCUUGAUUUAGAUGGUUUAAACAUACCAGCUCUAAGACAUGAAGCUGAGUUCUAUGGGAUGACUCCAUUAGUGAGGAAGCUAAUGUUCUGUGAAGACUUAGAGAGAUCAUCUUGUGGUAAUGUGUUAUUCCAUGCUUACCUGCCUGCUGCUGCAUUUCCACUAAGGAGUCGACACUGUACAGUGGGUGAAGCUGAACUAAGAACCCGUCCACAACAACCACCACUGCAGAGAGACAGGAUUGCAUCAGCCAGAGACUCUCAUACAAAUUGUACAGCUGAUGCUGUGUUUUCUAGAUCUGAUCUUGAUAUAUCGCUAGCAGAUACUAUGCUCGAUCCCAGAAAAGCCAUUCUCAUCACUGGCCAUCACAACUGGAUUGCAGUGGGAUAUCCCCAUUUCAUUUGCUGUUACCGAAUUAAAGAGUCCACUGGCUGGAAUCUUAUCUUUACCAGUCCAUACUUGGAACACACUGUUGAGAGGCUAGCUCUGAAUUCUAAAGUUACCAGCAUCAACCAAGGUGACAAUAGAGAAAAGAUGGUGGCAGUAUCUUAUGGGUCAACUGUGAGACUUUGGUGUUGCCAAGAUGAUGCACGCAGUGAAGUCGGUACAUUCAAUUUAGGAGUUCCAGUAGAUGCAUUGUUUUUUAUUGGUAGUCAGUUAGUAGCCACCAGUAAAACUGGUAAAGUUGGAGUAUGGCAUGCUAUGACACAGAAUUGGCAGAUUCAAGAAGUUCAGCCGGUGACAAGCUGUGAUGCUGCCGGUUCAGUUCUUUUGUUAGGUUGCAGCAAUGGUUCUAUUUACUACAUUGAUAUGCAGAAAUUUCCACUACGUAUGAAAGACAAUGAUUUAUUGGUUACCGAGUUAUAUCAUGAUCCGUCCAACGAUGCCAUCACUGCUCUGAGUGUCUACAUGACACCAAAGUCCAUGUGUUCAGAAUUCAAUCACACUCGUACAUGGAACGUGACACGAUUUCGUGGCAUGCUCUCAACACAGCCUGGCUCAGCUCCUGUUGCAUCAUUCAAAGUGUUAUCCUUGGAAGACGGUGAACCACAUCGGAGUUAUCAAGCUGGAAAUGAUAUUGUGUGUUCAGAAUUCAAUCACACUCGUACAUGGAACGUGACACGAUUUCGUGGCAUGCUCUCAACACAGCCUGGCUCAGCUCCUGUUGCAUCAUUCAAAGUGUUAUCCUUGGAAGACAGUGAACCACAUCGGAGUUAUCAAGCUGGAAAUGAUAUUGGACCACAUGGAGAAAGAGACGAUAUGCAAGUAUUCAUACAGAAAGUGGUACCAGAGACAGAUCAAGUUUUUGUUCGACUUUCUUCAACUGGAAACAGGGUCUGUACAAUACAAUCUGUAGAUGCAACGAAUAUUACAUGUUUUUGUGUGCAUGAGUGCGAAGGUUCUAAUAGAAUGGGAUCCAGACCAAGGCGUUAUUUAUUUACAGGUCAUUCCAAUGGAGCAAUACAGAUGUGGGAUUUGACGACAGCAUUGGAGCAGUACUCAAAAGAUAAAGAAGACCCAAUAGUGGGUGGUCCCACAGAGAAUGAAUUGAUUACGCUACUUGGUCAGUGUGAUCUGAGUACAUCUCGGUGCACUACACCAUCCAUGAGUCCGGCAUCAUCAUUACUUGCGCCACAAUUGUUGGCGCGAUUUCGUAAUUCUAUGACCAGCUCUGUUCACAUCAGCACUGAAGAUAUCCCUGCUGCCGGGGCUGAAGGAGGAGUGGCCGAACAUGGAGCAGCAGGCGGCUCACCAGAACCAAGAAUUACACAUUGCUGA